CAAACGAUAUCUGUUGGUGACAUCCCAAAUACAGUAGAGUUCAUAGAUCUAGGAGGAUUCAAUCAUCAAUUGACAUCAGGAAUGAUACCAGACUCUGUAAAGACAUUGUUAUUCAGUGCAUACUAUAAUCAUCCUUUGACAAUUGGAUCAAUACCUUCAUCAGUCACUUAUCUAAAAUAUUAUGUCGUACUUGACCAACAACAUCAACAUGUUGUCGGAACAAUCCCAGACUCUGUUACCAAGUUGGAUACAUCAAUCAACAAAUCAUGUCCAGUUGGAUUCAUUCCAUCAUCAGUUAAAACACUAUCACUAGAGUAUCUUGAUGAUCAGACAUUGCAACCUGGUAUCAUUCCAUCAUCUGUGACUGAUCUCGGUCUUCUUAUUGAGUUUGUAGAAUCGGUUGUACCUGGAACCAUCCCGUCAUCUGUUAUUAAGUUGGAAUAUAGUGGUUCGGGACCAAAGAAACCGGGACUGCUCCCCGACUCAAUCAAGUCAUUAAUAAUGUAUGACAAGAUACCCAAUGGAUUCGCACUCCCUUCAUCACUGGAAUCACUCCAUGGAUUUUUUGGGACUUAUCCCAAUCAACAACUAUCGACUCGUCUUCCAUCCACAUUGACCCAGAUUAACAUAUUCUAUCGAAGAUUCAAGUUGGCCAAGCAUCACCAUGGCAUGGACCUUUACUUGAAGUUCAUUCAAUCAGAUGAAUUCAAUCAAUCAAUGACGGGCGUGUUGCCAGACGACUUGAUCACAUUGUUGUUCCCAACCCAAUUCAAUUGGGUGUUGAAUGUUGGUGACAUCCCAUCAAGUGUUACCAAGAUUGUAUUUGGAGUAUCGUUCAAUCAAGUGUUGGAUACAUCCGUGCUUCCACCAUCUUUAACAUCACUCAAGUUUGGACUAUCGUUCAAACAAUAUAUUGCGCCAGGUGUGAUUCCAUCGUCUGUGCGCACACUCUACUUUGGACACGAAUUCACCACAGUAUUGCCAUUGGAAUCAUUCCCAUCAUCACUCCAACGUCUAAGGAUACCAUAUCGACUCACACUCCCUGAUGGCAUGCCUCGACUCUCAAUCCUACAAAUCAUGAUCAGAUUAUUUGAUCAUGACCCCGCUCACAUUUUCAAACUCUUCAACAUAACCAAUGUGUUGGAAAUUUGUCAGGUAUACAUGUAUCACCUUCGCAAGUUGAGGAUCAUAGAGAGGUUUGAUCAUCAUUGGUCACUUGUGUUAAAUCAAAAGAUUAAGGGCUCUGGAUUCAUACCUCGAUCAAAGUUGGAGUCAUACCUUGUAGAACUAAUGAAGUCCGUUGACGACUUGGAGGGAGUCUCCGAUAACUUUAGAAGAUUGGGUGACGAUCUGGACAUGUCAGAUGGACAUUGUGUUGGGCCAUGGCGAUGGGUAAUACACAAUAAACAAAGUUUAAUU